GCGCUGUGUCUCACUUCGCUUUGCCUCGCAAACAAACGCUUUAUGAAGCGCAGUCAGCUUUCUCUGAAAGGCAAGAGCGUCGACUCGUCGCUCUCAUUAUAGCUGUGGAGCUGCACCGAGUAGCUGCAUGUGUUUUCUGAUCCGACGGUGCUGCAGCAAGGAUUUCUCCACAGCUCAUUGUUUUGAAGUUGAAUUGAUUAACUUUCCAAAAGAGACGCGACUAUAAAUAGAGGGGGGGGACAAUGCAAAACAUAAAAGUGUAAUUACAACUGUUUUUUUUUCCUCUCUUUUUUUUUUGCCUCUCAGUCCAAUCGAGCAGUAACACAGGAGAAUACAUCGAGCAUCAAUACUGUGGAUGCUGGUGGACAUAUGAGCAUUAUUUUAGGUGGUUAGUAGUCUGUAGGUGGGCUGGCAGGCACAAGUUGGAGAGCACCGAGAGGAGUUUGCCACACUUCAGAACCAAGGACAGAUCCAAAAAAAACACAACAAUAAAAAACCGCUGGCUGGCAAACAUGCUCAAAGUGAACAACAUCUGGACUCCGCUCGUCACAUGAAGCAGUCCCACGUUGUAUUUGUCGCUUGAGGAAAGGAGACCUGCAGAUACUCACUCGCAAAAAGACAUCUAGUGAUACGAGAGGGAAUAUUGUGCUCAGACAUCUGGGGAGCGAGUGACUCUCUCAGCUGCUGAGUGUGAGCGUGACAGCCUGUCUACAUCAAGGUGGUCCUAAUGAUGUGAUGGAGCCCCGAUAGGACCUACUUUACAACUAAUCAGAGGCUCAUGCAAGCUGAUAAUACAGCUCCCUGUUUAAUACUGAUUGGUUCCCUCUCUCACUGAGAGCAGUGUGAUUGAGCCAACCCACCUCCCUAAUCAAACAUCAUAACAACUCCCGGAAAUAUCAAACAUGUUGAACCCACUGAGAGAAGAUUUGAAAGUAAUCCGCCUCCAGACCCUGUGAACCUCUGCUCGUCUCUACUUCAACCAUCUGAAUCCUACUACCUGAUCCUGCCAUGCUGAGUGUAGUGCUUUGCCCCAGGUCAUUGGCCAGCUCUGCCCAUUAUUGGCCUCUCCACGUGCUCCUGCUGGAGCUGCUGAUACUAGGAGUUCUGCCCAGCAUCUCUAGAUUACCACCCGCGGCCAAACGUGAGAUAAUCUUGGACGGAGACUUGGUGAUUGGAGGCUUGUUCCCGGUGCACCAUAAAGGCGAUGGGAUGGAGGACUGUGGUAAGAUCAACGAGGAGAGAGGGAUCCAGAGAUUGGAAGCCAUGCUGCUGGCACUUGAUGAGAUUAACUCCAGUGAUCACAUUCUUCCCGGGCUCCAGCUGGGGGCCCACAUCCUAGACACCUGCUCGAAGGACACGUAUGCUCUGGAGCAGUCUUUAGAUUUCGUCAGGGCCUCCCUCACCAAGGUGCAAGACCCAGGCUUCAUUUGCCCAGACGGUUCCAGACCCAUCCAAAACGAGGUUCCACUAGCCAUCUCUGGGGUCAUCGGAGGAUCCUACAGUGAUGUUUCCAUUCAGGUGGCCAACCUCCUGCGAUUGUUCCAGAUCCCUCAGAUCAGCUAUGCCUCCACCAGCUCAAAGCUCAGCGAUAAGACCCGCUAUGACUACUUUGCCCGCACUGUGCCCCCUGACUUCUACCAGGCCAAAGCCAUGGCUGAGAUCCUGCGGUACUUCAAUUGGACCUACGUGUCAACAGUGGCAUCAGAGGGGGACUAUGGUGAGACUGGCAUUGACGCCUUCCAGCAGGAGGCCCGCACUCGCCAAAUCUGCAUCGCCACUUCAGCCAAAGUGAGCCGCUCCAUGAACCGCCAGGGGUAUGAUAAUGUGAUCCGCUCUCUGCAGCAGAAGUCCAAUGCCAAGGUGGUCAUCCUAUUCACCCGCAGUGAAGACGCCCGGGAGCUGCUGGUGGCCGCUACUCGCAUGAAUGUCACCUUCACCUGGGUGGCUAGUGAUGGAUGGGGAGCGCAGGAGAGUGUAGUGAGGGGUAGCGAGACUGCAGCAGACAGAGCUUUCACCAUUGAGCUGGCCUCCUACCCAAUUAGAGAGUUUGAAGACUACUUCACCAAGCUGAACCCGUACACCAACACAAGGAACCCAUGGUUCAAAGAGUUCUGGGAGCACCAGUUUGGCUGUAACCUCCAAGAACCCGGCUGCAGUGAACACAGCUUAAGAGAUGGAACCUUUGAGCAGGAGUCGAAGAUCAUGUUUGUGGUAAAUGCAGUCUAUGCCAUGGCCUAUGCUCUGCACAACAUGAGGCAAGCUGUUUGCUCCAACACAUCCAAGGUCUGUGAUGCCAUGAAACCAGGUAACGGCAAAAGGUUCUACAAGGAGUUCAUCUUGAAGACCAAGUUUGAAGCUCCAUUCAGACCUGCAGACACAGAGAACAUGGUGCGCUUUGACUCCUUUGGUGACAGCAUCAGCCGCUACAACAUUUUUCAUUACCACAAAGAAGAUGGGAAGUUCAUCUACAGGAAGGUCGGCUACUGGGACCAGAACCUGACUCUGAACACUUCCCUGGUACCAUGGCCUGGCCUUGUACCACCCACCUCCCAGUGCAGCGACCCAUGCAGGAAGAAUGAAGUGAAGAGUAUGCAGCCCGGAGAUGUGUGCUGCUGGAUCUGUAUCCCCUGCCAGCCCUAUCAGUACUUACAGGAUGAGUUCACCUGUGCUGACUGCAGCUUUGGUCAGUGGCCCCUAGCUAACUUGACUGGCUGCUAUGAUCUACCUGAAGAAUAUAUCCGUUGGGAGGAUGCCUGGGCAAUUGGGCCUGUCACCAUCUCCUGCCUUGGUAUACUGUGUACUUUAUCUGUAGUGGGCCUGUUCUUCAAGAACAAUGAGACGCCUGUGGUUAAAGCAAGUGGACGUGAACUCUCUUACAUCCUUUUAGUGGGAGUGCUGAUGUGCUACCUCAUGACCUUCAUCUACAUCGCCAAACCUUCCACUGCUGUUUGCACCCUACGGCGAUUAGGACUGGGCACCUCAUUCGCAGUGUGUUACUCAGCUCUUCUGACCAAGACCAACCGCAUUGCUCGUAUCUUCAGUGGGGUGAAGGAUGGAGCCCAGCGGCCACGCUUCAUCAGCCCCGCCUCCCAGGUAGCGAUCUGUGGCGCUCUUAUCUCCUGCCAGCUGCUAGUGGCUCUUAUCUGGCUGCUGGUAGAGGUGCCAGGGGUUCGGAAAGAAGUGGGCCCGGAGCGGAGAGAUGUGGUCACCCUCAAGUGCAACAGCAAGGACUCCAGUAUGCUCAUGUCACUUACCUACAAUUGCAUCCUCAUCAUCCUCUGCACUGUCUACGCCUUCAAGACGCGCAAGUGCCCCGAAAACUUCAAUGAGGCCAAGUUCAUUGGGUUCACCAUGUACACCACCUGCAUCAUCUGGCUGGCUUUCCAGCCCAUCUUCUAUGUCACUGCCAGCGACUACAGGGUGCAGACCACCACCAUGUGUAUCUCCGUCAGUCUGAGUGGUUCGGUUGUUCUCGGCUGCCUCUUCGCCCCAAAGGUUCACAUCAUCCUGUUUCAGCCCCAGAAAAACGUGGCCUCACUCAGAGUCACAACUAAUCGCUUCAGUGCCACAGUGUCUGCUUCUGCCUCCGCUCCCAGCUCCAGCUACUCUAAAGGAUCAGCCUCUAACUAUGUGCCAACAGUUUGUAACGGCCGCGAGGUGGUGGACUCUACAACUUCUUCUUUGUGAAAAGCACAUGAGACCAUCCCAUUAUCCAACAUCCUUCUGUUAAAAGCUGUGUAUAGCAGUGCCCACCCCCACCCCACCUUACCCUCCACAUCAUCCAACAUGCUGCAGAGAGAUAACUCUGUCUGGGUAGACUGACUGACUGACUGACUGACUGUGGCAAGGGUAACUCUAACUGUGAAAGCUAAGUGAUGUUCCUACAGCGAGCAGUAUGUAUCAAUUGUAAAGCCUUUUUGUAUAGAUUUAAUAUGCUGUGAUCUCGUUGGUUUACAGAUAGAUGUGAUUAAAUGCACCGUGCCUUGUCCUAAAGAGUCUUGUUGUCAAAUGGGUGCUUGUGAAGCAAUAGUGUUAUACAAAAACAAAAGGCUGUUCUUAUCUUGUCCUUACAGUGCUGUGAAUAUAUCCAAAUGUUGUAGACAUUGACCAAAAAAAAAAAAAAAGAAAAAGAAAUGCUAUGAAAUAAAAUUAGCCCUUCUGUUGAAUAAAAUGUGUGACUAACCAUAGUGAACGUGAUGAAAAGUAGACAAAAUAAAGGACAUGUGUUAAUGUCAACUGGUAUAACAGUGUGUGUGCUUUCCUGUAAUCUAUGUAAAUAAAAUGUUUUUUUUAUAUUAAAAAAUUAAACACCACUGUUUGGGUUCAAACUUGCAAUUCUUGACACUAUUUCAACUAAAGUUGGAAGUUUUUUUCUGCACACAGGAUUUAAUUUUUUCCCUCUUCAAAACCACAUUAACUUACUUAUGUUAUUUUAGUUGAAUCUGAUUAUUUGAUUUCUUCCUCUAAUUUCACCAGUUUAAAAAAAAAUGCAGGCACAGCAUGAUUUAUAAAUUCUGCUCUAAUACAAAGACGUGUACUUGGUGCUCAAUUCUCUAUAAGCUAUAACUGUUGCUGUAACUACUAGUUGAGUAUGUGCAAUUAUACAUGUACAGUGCCUAUAAAAUGUAUUCACCCAAGUUGGACUUUUUCAUCUUUUAUACUGAUCGGAGCAUCCUGAUAUUAAAUUGUAAUAACGUAUCUAUUAACAA